AUGGUUUUAAGUAAACACAUUGAUGCUUUAAGAUUGGAAUCACAAAUUUUGAAAAAAACUCCGCAAGCUCAAUUGCGUAAAGAAGCAUUCAUCGAUGCCUAUGAUUCUCACAAGAACAUUCCUCAAUUUGAAAUCCCUCAAAACUCCUCAAAUGAACAAUUGAUUUAUAAAUAUCUUUCUCAAGAAUUGGCCCUUGAUGGAAUCCCAACUUUGAAUUUGGCAUCCUUUGUCAACACUUACGUUGAUGAUACAUCUGCAAGAUUGAUUCAGGACAACUUGACCAAAAACUUGGCAGACAAUGAUGAAUACCCAAGUUUAAUUGAUAUUCAAACCAGAUGUAUUUCAAUAUUAAGUAAUUUAUGGCACGCUCCUGGUAAAGUUGAUAAGGUCACUGGUAACAGAGUAACUAAUUCUAUUGGUACCGCAACCACCGGUUCUUCUGAGGCAAUUAUGUUAGCUGGGUUAGCUUUGAAGAAAAGAUGGCAAUUGAAAAGAAAAGCUGAAGGCAAAUCUACUGACAAUCCCAACAUUUUAAUGGCCACAUGUGCUCAAGUCGCUUUGGAAAAAUUUGCUUGCUAUUUUGAUGUUGAAAAUAGAUUGAUUCCUGUCACUGAAGAAUCGGGUCAUUUGAUUGAUGUUUCCAAGAUUAAGGAAAAUAUUGAUGAAAACACCAUUGGUAUUUUUGUUAUCAUGGGAUCAACUUUCACUGGUGCCUUUGAACCAGUUGAGGAAAUCUCCAAAUUGUUGGAUGAAGUUGAAAAAGAACGUGGAUUGGAUAUUAGAAUUCAUGUUGAUGGUGCAUCAGGUGGGUUUGUAGCUCCAUUUAUUUUCCCACAUUUGAAAUGGGAUUUUGCUGUUCCUAGAGUUGAUUCAAUUAAUACUUCUGGUCACAAGUUUGGGUUGACAUCUGUUGGUUUAGGUUGGGUGAUUUGGAAAGAUGCUGAUUUGUUGCCUAAGGAAUUGCGUUUCAGUUUGGAUUAUCUUGGUGGUGUUGAAGAAACAUUUGGUUUGAAUUUUUCCAGACCAGGUUUCCCUGUUAUUACCCAAUAUUACAACUUUUUAUCUUUAGGAAGACAAGGAUAUGCCAAGAUUUUUGAUGGGUGUAUGACCAAUGCUAGAUUGUUGUCAAGAUUUUUAGAAGAAAGCAAGUACUUUGAUGUUGUUUCUGUUAUCCACCACAAAUUGAGUGAUUCGGAAAAGAAAGCUCAAUUCACUAGAGAAGUUGACGAUAAAAAAUUGGAUUCUAAACUUUAUACUAUCAAUGAAGAAUUCAAGCCUGGUUUGCCUGUUGUUGCCUUCAGAUUUUCCAAAGAGGUUAGAGACAAGUAUCCUGAAUUGCCCCAAGAAUUGUUGUCAACAUUAUUGAGAAAGAGGGGUUACAUUAUUCCAAACUAUCAUUUGCCCCCAUCUGAGAAUGAUAAGGAGAUUUUGAGAGUUGUUGUUCGUAAUUCAUUGUCGUUGAAUUUGUUGGAGAGAUUGAUUCAAGACAUUACUGGCGCUACAGAACUUUUGAUCAAAGCUGCUGAUUCCAUUGCUGAUUAUGUUUCAACAAGUGGUGAACAUACUGAUGUUGAAAAUAGAGAAAGAAUCCACAAAUUAUUGGCAGCUAUUGCUUCUGGUGGUGUUGCUGAAGUGAAAGAAGAAAAACACAAAAAGGAUAAUCACCAAGGCAGCAAAAAUAAAAAGUCCUAUCGUGGUACUUGUUAG